CUGCUGGCGCUGCUGAUCUGUUUGAAUUAUGGACAUGGGCUCUACGUGAAGGUUUAUAAUCGAAAUGACAGGAGUGGCGUUUUGUCUCAUCCCAACAGCCUAGUCAGACAGAAGCGAGAAUGGACAGUCCCUCCAGCUUUCAUACGGGAAGAGGAGGACAAUUCCUAUAAGAAUCCAAUUGCUAGAAUACAUUCAGAUCUUGAAGAUACAGGAAUAGUAGUAACAUACACUAUAUCUGGUCAAGGAGUAACAGAACCCCCUUACGGAUUAUUUGUUAUCAAUGGAAAGACUGGUGACCUGAACAUAACAGGAAGGGUGGACAGAGAAAAGACUCCAAUUCUUCUUGUCCGAGGCCACGCACUAGAUAAGAAUGGGGCAAAACUGGAAGAGCCAAUAGACCUCCCAAUUAAAGUUGUGGACAUAAAUGACAAUUUUCCAGUGUUUUCACAUGAAGUUUUUGUUGGUUCAAUUGAAGAAUUAAGCGAAGCAGGUACAAUUGUAAUGAGGAUAAAUGCAACAGAUGCAGAUGAACCAAAUAAUUUAAAUUCCAAAAUUGCUUUCAGGAUUGUUUCCCAAAGCCCUAGCGAUGCAUUCAGCAUGGAUAAGAAUACUGGCGAGGUUCGAGUAGCAAAAAUAAACCUUGACAGAGAGACACAAAGUAGCUAUUCUUUGGUGGUGGAAGCAAAGGACCGUGGUGGUGAAACAGGAGGGAAUGCUGCAACGUGUUCUUUAGAAAUUAAGAUUCUGGAUGUCAAUGACAAUAUACCCAUUGUUGAAAGUCAUACAUUUGAAGGAAGCAUUGAAGAAAACAGGGCAAAUGUGGAAAUUAUGCGGAUAAAAGUAUUUGACAGAGAUGAAGAGUUUUCUGAUAACUGGCUGGCAAACUUUACAUUUGUUUCUGGCAAUGAAGGUGGUUUUUUCCAAAUUGUAACAGAUGCCCAAACAAAUGAAGGGAUUUUGACUGUUGUGAAAGAGCUGGAUUAUGAAAAAAUGCAAAGCCUAAACUUGGGUGUUGUUGUUACAAACAAAGCAGAGUUCCACAAGUCAAUUAAACACAGUUACAAAGCAAAAACAAUUCCGAUCAAAAUUAAGGUGAUCAAUGUGCAGGAAGGUCCUGUGUUCCCUGGUGGCACAAAAAUUAUUGAAGCAAGUGAGAAACUGCAGAUAAAACAAGUUAUUGGACAGUAUCAAGCCUAUGAUGAAGACACUGGAAAAAUAGCAGAGCGCAUUACCUACAUGAAAGGAAAAGAUGCGGCAAACUGGAUCACAGUAGACCCGGUGACAGGUGAAAUCCGACUUGCUAAAAAUCUUGAUUACGAAUCACCUCAUGUGGUAAAUGGCACCUACACUAUCACCAUGUUGGGUGUAACUACUGAUUCCCCAAGGAAAACAGUCACUGGCACAGUCAUCAUUCAAGUUAAAGAUGAGAAUGAUAACUGCCCAGUUAUUGUGAACCCUGUGCAGACUGUGUGUUCAGAUGCAAAAUUAGUUGAUGUUACAGCUCAUGAUUUGGAUGGUUACCCAUACAGUUAUCCCUUCAGCUUUACUGUCAUUGAUGAGCCAGAAGGAACAGCAGCAAAAUGGAUAAUUGCCUCUGGAAAUGACACCAGCGUACAGCUGGUACCACAAAACCUGAAGCCAGGCAGAACUGAAGUUCCCAUGCUAAUAAAGGAUUUCCAAGGGGUCAGCUGUGCUCUGCCACAGACUCUGCAGCUGAGUGUUUGUGAGUGUGCAGAUGAUGGCGUGUGCCAGGAGAAGUUUGUUGGUGCGAAGUCGGUGGGUCUGGCACCAGCAGCGGUUGCACUCAUCAUCUUGGCAUUUUUACUUUUGCUGCUUGUUCCACUCUUACUGCUGCUGUGUCCUGGUGGCUUGGGAGCAAAGGGAUUUGGUGGAGCAAAGACGUUUGCUGAAAUACCAGACCACAGUGAAGCCAUGUUGCGUCAGUGGAACAGUGAAGGAGCAGCUCCUGAGGAGAAGCCAGUGCUAAGCUUCAUUCCACCCACUGCACUUGGGAACUUGAAAGGAGGAACAACAACAACAGCAGCAGCAGCAGGAGGAAUGAGUGGAGAAGAAGCUCUAAUAGGAGCAGGCAGCUCUGCCUCUCACGUAGGAGAGCAUCACAACACUGUUACCAGGGAAAGAUGGGAAGAGCAAAGGCGUCUUCUUUCUGCUGCCGACUAUGGAGCCAUGGCAGCUGAAGGCAUGGCAGGUGUAGACGGCAAGACAAUGGUGUCUGGAGGAGGAGUUGCUGUGGGAGCAGCAGGAGCCAUGAAUGAAGAAUUCUUAAGAGACUACUUCAACGAUAAAGCUGUCUCUUUUGCUGAUGAAGAUGAAGAGCAAGCUGCAAAAGACUGUCUCCUGGUUUAUUCCCAGGGAGAAUCAGGCUCCCCUCAUGGCUCCGUUGGCUGCUGCAGCUUUAUUGAGGGGGAUCUUGAUGACCAUUUUCUUGAUGAUUUAGGAGACAAGUUUAAGACUCUAGCAGAAAUAUGUAUAGGUAGACAGAUCAACAUGAAAGACGGUGGCUACAAGAAUGAAUCUGGUUUUGGUCUUAGUGAAGCAAAGUCACAGUUCUUAGAUCAACAAAAUGUUUCCACCUCUGAACAAGCCUUUUCCUCAGGCAGUGGCUUCCAGUCCAUCCACACAGGCAGUGGCACAGGAGAAAGCACCCUGUCCAAGGAGGUGGUCACAGAAACAACCUUUUCAUCAUCCCCUUCUGGGCAGCACAAUGCCCGGCACCUCCCCACAUGCCACGCAGAGAGCAGUGUCACCAUGACGGAAACAUCCUAUUCUGUGGGGGCUCCUGCCCGCUCUGCCCCUCUCUUUUUAGAUCCCCAGAUUAAGGAGAACGUAGUGGUGACAGAGAGAGUGCUGGCACCUGCAUCAAGCAUUCAGGGGAUGGUGAAAAUCCCUGAUCUGCCACACGGAGGUAACGUGGUGGUUACAGAGAGGAUGGUGAAGUCGGCAGGUGCAGGGCCAGGAGCCCUGACAGUUCAGGAUCUCCCUGACUCACAGUAUGUCGUGGUGAGGGAGCGAGAGAGGGUGCUUGUGCCUGCUGCUGCAGAGCAGGGCUCACUCAGCUUCCCUGCUUCGACAGAGGAACGCAGCACGGUGCUGAGUGAAAGGGUGGUGACAGCCUCAGGGCUGCAAAGCAGAGCUGAGCAGGCACCAGGUGCCAGCUCAGGAAGGCAAGAGCAUGCUCUAAUCACAGACUCCCCACUUAACCUGAUGGGCUCUGACUUACAAGGGACUCCUGCCAGUGCCACACUGAGCAAGUCUUCCAGGGUCACCAAACACAGCACAGUGCAGUACACUCGCUCAUAGCCUGGCUCCUUGCUGGGAUGGCAGUGUCCAGCAUCCUUCUGUCUGUAUGCAUCCUGCCUCAGCCUUUUCCAUGAGAUCCAAAUUUGCUGGAGCUUCCAGAAUGACAAAUGCUCUCAUUUGCACUAGUUUGUAUAAAUAUGGAAUAUAUGACCAGGAAGCAAGUAAGGAAAUCUGGUGUUAAGCUAUAUUGGCAGGGAUGCUUUUGAAGUGGAAAGAUGUGGGAAAUACUUUUUUUUGUUACUGCUUUUUAUUGUACAGAUGGUGUAAGAAUGCCACAUAACCAGAGCUGCAUAAUUUUGGGAAAACAGGAAAAAGUCUCCAAUCUAGUGAUGGAUAGCAACCUGCAAAGCACAAGUAAAGUUUUUGAACUGCUAUUGAGUGUAUCUGAAGUCCUCGUGUGUGGGGAGUCAGUUUCUCAUUAUGUGUUUGCCAUUGUGUUGCGGGCCCUGGCAGCUCCCCCAGAGCCUUGCUAAAAAAUCUUCCUGAGAAGCCCAGGCCACCAAAGCUAGUAUGCCUGCAGUGGUGUGUUGAUCUCCUGAAGGGAUGUCACAAUUUCAGGUUAUCAGAAUUUGUAACAUAAGCAAUCAAUACUUGCAUGUUACCACAGAAGUUAGAGAGCAAGUAGCAAAAAAGCUGAGAACUGCAAUUUUUUAUUACCUCAAUCUAACAGUUCCAUUACUUGGUGUGGGUCUACGCUGGCAUGGACAAGUAAGCAUUUGCAUUGUUAUAUUUUCCACUUUAUUCAACUUAUGAGAAUCAGCCAAGGCUUACCUUAGCCUUAGAGCCAGAUUCAGCCAGUGGCUUUGUCAGCAAAGCUUAUGGCCCUUGGACAUCCAUAGGAUAUGACUGACAGAUGCAAUUUGGUAUUUGGAAUUGUGUCUGUCAACACACAGACACAGAAAUCAGCCUUGUGUGUGUGAGGUUCCACUAGUUUCAGUACCAGAGCUCGAGUGGCUGAUGAAGUGCUGUGUAAUGACAGCUUCCCUUGGCUGUGACAAGACAAGAGGAAGCUCCCUUUAGCUCUGCUUUGCUUUUCUUGAAGUUUAUGUGGUAAAAGCAGGAGAGAGUACUGCACUGUUUGGCAGUACGUAUAUGUGUACGUGUAGAUAUUUGUAUGCCAUUUGGAACAUUCUGAAGUUAAUUUUAUACAAGAAAAAAUGUCUUACACUCCAUAAGUUUUCUUAGAGUAGAAGUAUUUUCAAUGAGGCAUAGGUAGGUUUUUUAUCUCCUACCUGUGAAAUCAGCAAGAUGGUCAAAAGGUACUGCAAAUUCUGGUUUUGUGGACUUGCAGAACUUUCAGGUUGUCUCCAUCUCCUGGAAUUUUCCUGCAUCUGCAGCAUUAUUUUUUCCACUUAUGUGGUUUACCUUUGACUAGAAAUGCUCUCAGUGUGUUUAGUUUUACUAACAGCAAAAGUUGCUUUAAAGACAUAAAUACAUAAAUUUGGUACCAUUGCUGUGCUCAACCAUGACAGAUGGGUCAUUACAUUAAGUGGAGUAGUAUGUUUCCAGACAUAUCAGACUCCCUGCUUGGUUGGACCUAUUGGUUAUUUAUCUCUUACACUAUGUUUUUAAAAUACAUGUAUUUAUUUCUGAGUCAGCCUGCAGUUCCAAGUGGUCACCACUUUUCUGACUUUCUAAUAGAGUAUCUUUGUGGGUUUAUGCAGUCUUAAAAUAAAGAAUUCUACUGUAUUUUUUUAGUUCUUCAUUCAAACAGCUACCCCAGUGAAAACACUGGCUUUCCUACUGCAAAUAAAGAGUUUAAAGAUGGAAUGAGGACUGAGAUUUCCCAAACAGCCUCAAGGAAUAUCUGAAAGAUACAGAUGUAAAAAAAAUUGGUGUCCUGCUAUAACAAAGAUUCUGACAAAAAUGUGAAUUCUGCCUUAGUGGUUAAGUGCACUAAAUUUUGUGACUCGAUGCAAGAGAACAGCAUCCCCUCUGUAGAUUUACUGGGCUUUGGGGCAAAUCCUUCAAAUCAGUUUUAUGCUUCCAGACAACAUGGCAUAAAACAGUCUCGGUUUUAUAACGUGUUACAACAUGGAGCUGUUAACAUCCAGAAGAGAUGUAAGAGUGUAAUGUUUGUAAAUAAACUUCUUUCACAGA